AUGGAUGCAACUGAUGAAAUUCUGGAUGAAAUAACCUGGCCACAAGAAGCUGAAGCAGCCAUAAAUGACAUCCGAAAACACGUGAGCAACGCCUCAGUUUCCCCCAUAUUAACUAACACCAACCAACGCAUAUACAUCAACUUGACUACUUUGGAAAACUCGAAUUACUGCAUUGAAAUGUCAGCCUUGGGAUUCAGGAUCGUGGGUCGAACUUACGAUGACAACAGCCUGGCACAAAUGGACAAUGAUAUCUACGAGACUCCUUACGCGUUACUCAAUAAUAUAAGUCAGAAAUACAAGGAGUCUUUUGGGGGAGAACUGAUGAGCAAACUUAUGGAUCUAGCUAAGAGUUCAGAAGAUAAAUUAGAUUGA